AUGGGUGAUUCUGUAGUAACAAUUCGGACGAAUAAAGUGAUGACUAAUCGCUUGUUGGCAAGACGGCAAAUGGUGGUCGAAAUCCUUCAUCCUAAUCGAGCAUCAGUUCCUAAAGUCGAGUGUCACUUUGGUGGUGGAAGGAGUACUGGUUUUGCUCUAAUCUAUGAUACAGCAGAUUUCGCCAAAAAAUUCGAACCAAAAUAUCGCUUGCUGAGACAAACGGGCACGAAGGCUGAGAAAUCAGGUCGUAAACAGCGCAAGGAGCGUAAGAAUAGGCAGAAGAAAGUACGAGGAACAAAGAAGACUAAAGUUGCUGCAGGGAAGAAAAACAGCAGUUUUGGAGGCAAUUCACGGACCAAUAUAUGGCAAUCGUUACGACCGGUUACACCGGUAAUGGAAAAGCAAGAAGGAUAUAUACACAUUAUAAUUUGGCAAUAUACAUAUAGUUGUCAAAUUUAUAUAAUUGGCAACUGUCGUAGAAAGUAUAGUAGAGCCGGUAUUUCUUAG